AUGGAAUUUAAGCAAGUGGUGAAAAGUAAAGAUGAUGUUCGUCCCUUGAUUGACUUCCCACGGCGGAAGGAAAGAGGUGCCGCAGAUAGUCGAUGUAUUGCAGUAAAAACCAUAACAGUAAAUGUUAGCAGACGAGCUCGAGAUGACAAGAAAUUGGAAUGGAAGGAUUUCACUUGUGAAGUUGUACAUGAUACAAAAAACAGCCCUUGCCCUUUGUAUCGUGAGUAUGAUCCUGCCAACUUUCUGGUUGUUCACUUUAGCCCUUCAACGCAGUUUGAUGCCGUGUCGAAGUUUCUUACACACGGCGUCAUUCUUAGAUAUAAAGAGGAUUCUACUGAAGAGAGAUUUACAUUCUUUGGCCACAGUGCCAGUCAGCUCCGAGAAAGAACUUGUGUUCUUUACAACGAGAAGCAAGGUAGCGUGAAGGAGAUUUUGAGCCGUUUUGGGAACUUUGAGAAAAUUCAAGAUGUUGCCAAAAGAGCUGCUAGAGUCGGGUUGCUGUUCUCGACUGCAAAGCCUGUGUGCAGUAUUCCCGAAGAUCAAAUAGGCGUUGUGGAUGACGUAGAACGAGACAAGUACAAUUUUACCGACGGAUGUGGUUUUAUAUCAACUAAAUGCGCUUUGAAAGUGACUGAGAGUUUGAACCUGGAAACUUUGUAUGAAGGCAUCAAGUCACCAGCGAUACCGUCAGUAUUUCAGAUCCGCCUGAAGGGAUGCAAAGGAGUACUAUGCCACAAUGAUUGCUUGGAAGAGGGAAUCCAAAUCCGCCCUUCAAUGGAGAAAUUUGCGUGGAAACUUUCUGGACCCCAUCUCCUUGGCAUUGUCGACAGGGGCUUCUCAAGGCCGAAUGAAAUUGGCUCGUUGAACAAACAGUACAUCAUGCUUUUAUCAGCGCUUGGUAUUUCCGAUGAGGUCUUCUUGAAAAAGCAAGAAGAGUACUUCAAAGAACUUAAAGAGAUUACCACAGCCCAUGAAGUUGCUUUUAAGUUCUUGUGCGCAAAUGAAGAGUUUGAACUGGCAGAGAAUUUGUUAAAAACAGGAAAAAUAGACACGAAAACUAAGAAACAACUUAUAAAAUUGCGUAACCGGGUCAGGGAACCGAAUCCAUUGCACAAAACUAAAAAGUCUGCUGCAUUGAAGCUGAAAAUUCCCAUUGAGAAAUCAAGGAAUGUUUACGGCAUUUGCGAUCCAUCAGGGCAGUUGAGAGCCACAACGGUCUUCUUUCAGCCAACGAUCCGAGGAAGCCCCAAGAUCUUGACAGAAACACGCGUGGUGGUGGUUAAAAAUCCUUGCUAUCAUCCAGGCGAUAUCCGGAUUUUGCGAUGCACCGACAUUCCUGAAUGCCGUCAUCUAGUAGACUGCAUUGUUUUUCCAACACAAGGAAGUCGUCCACACCCCGAUGAGAUUGCUGGAAGUGAUCUUGAUGGGGACAAAUUCUUCGUUUGCUGGGAUGAAGAACUCGUUCCGAAAAAAGGAACAGAGCCAAGCCAAUAUCCUGCAGCUAAUUCUGCUAAAAGAACAAAUCUCACACAAGAUGAUUUUCUGAAGUAUUUUGUUAAAUACAGUAAUGCUGUUGUUGGCAAGCUGGACAAUUUGUUUGACAAAUGGGCGGAUAGUAAAGGAAUCAACUCUACAGAAUGUAAGAUUGUCGCAGCCUUGUUCUCUCGUGCCAUUGACGCUGCUAAAACUGGCGAGAGAGUUGAAAUCAAGGAACAUAUUUUGCAAGCUCCGACAAAGGAUGAAAAAAAUGAAGAAUUCGUCUGGCAAAAAUUGUACCAAAGGGCAAAAUUAUUCGAAAGAGACCAGAUGAUAGAAGAUGUAGCGACUGGAAAGGUGGAGGAUUUUGAGGAGGAAGACAUGCUUGCUUUGUUAUCCAACCAAGAGUCACGGCUUAGUGAGUACAGAUUGUUUCGGUAUCUAUACAAGUGGUGCCAGCAACCCAACAAAGAAAGAUGCAUUGAAGAGUACAUUCACCUGAUUGACUUCUCCCGGUUUAGUCGGGAACAGUGCAGAUGUCUACCAGCAGACAUUCCAAUGGCGGAUCUAGAGUCCCUUCUCAAUCCCCUUCACCAAUCUCGAAUUCUUUCUAGAGACGACAUCGGAACUAUCAAAGUUAGACGUGGCCAUGAGAAGCGCUGGCGUCUUCUGUACAGAACAGAGGGUGAAGAAUUGUCUUGGAAGGUACUUCACAAUAUCCUGAUCUCGUCCCUUGAAAAACUGCUCGUAUUCAAAUUUUUGCUUGGAGAUAUACAGUGGGUCAUUUCUUUGGCGAUGUCAGUUCCACUAAACCUUUGUGAAGUGCUGACUCUAGAUGAGGAGGAAAACGUCGCUCAGGCCUUUUGUUCAGUACAUGUUCAGUCAUCAGAGAGACAUUUUCUGCAGCUAAAUGCCGGCUACAGUUUUGCUUUGGAUGGUCGACGACUCGACAUCUACACAGGAAAAAAACAGAACACGUUUAUCUGUUUAAAGGAAGAUGAAAACGAUCGUGCACCCAUCAUGAGUGUGGCUCUUGAUCGUUUUAAGUCGAGUUUGCCGCGAGAUUUUCAAACUCGACUUCGAAGAGAGAAGUUGCUUGAGUUGGAGGCUUUCUGUGUUUAUGAUCAUUUCGAUCCUGGUCACAAGAUUCAGAAACUUUCCUCAAAACAAUACGUUGGAAAUGUGGACUCACUAGAAGGUGAAUCAAACAUCCAAACACCUUCUGGAAGUAACGAAAAGCAAGAAGAAUUCGUCUACCACAGGGGUGAUUUUCCAGACCUUCAGUGUGACCCUGAAGAGUCGGUUAGUGAUUUGGACAGAAAUAUCAUAAGAGUUCAAGACCUGUUGGAAAGGGGAUGUUUACAAACUAGUCAUUUGGAAGAAAUAUGCGACAGUAUGACUUCUUCAUCGGACGAAAAGGUUUGUAAUAGUCGUUUUCUGCAUUUCGGCAAUAUUUGAUAUGUAAAGGUAGCGGAAGCAAAGAGUUAUAGUACAUCCGGCGAUAAAAAUAACCCGUUCUUCCCUUUUUAUCUGCCAUCGUGGCAUCAAUUGAACGAGGUCUAUUUUAAAUGACUUGUUUGUCUUGCAUGUUGUGCAAGGGGGGGGGGGGGCAGAUAUUAUCAUUUAUUGUGUUAAGACUUGACUACCGCUAAUUUCAUGAUCCAUGGUAGCAAGUUGUUUAAGAAGCCUUGUUUCCUUCUUUGAUACUUUGUGCAGGAGAAGCAUCACAUAGCUUGCCAUUUGGAGUCCGUUCUUUGGCGGUCCUCUCCAGAUAUUUCAUUAGGGACACCCGAUCAUUACAAAAAUCUCCUAAUCUGUUUGCUUAGCGGGCUACAGGAACUCAGUCUUGACGUUGUCCUCGGCGAGAAUGUUCACAUCACGCUUCUCGCACGAUUUAAGCGAUGUCUCGAGUCUUUAUGGAAGAGGCAGGUCAUUUUCAGUGUCGAUCAAAUGUAUGAGGUAUUCGAUGCCGUGCUUCUUGGAAAUGACCAUUCCACCGGAUGCCGCGUUGUUCAAGUCAUCUGCAAAGGUACGUCAGUCAUAGUGAUAACAAUGAUAAUAGUCACAAUCGUACGUCCAGGAAUUCUAAAAUAUGUAAAAUAACACACAAUUUAUCGACACCAAAUAGAGAGAAGACUAACGAUAAAAUCAUAACCAACCGGAGAGCAAAGAGUUUUGUGCUACACCCAUGUGAUGAAAUCCGACAAAUAUAUCAAGAGGUUAACAAAAAAGGGAAAAGAUGGUAAAUCACAUUCUCAAUCUACGUUAUAUCGAUUAUAUCUGUGCUGCUUUACCAUGCAAGAAAGUAAUCGACCUAGACGACUUCAAACUUUUUCCGGUUAAACCUAAGCAUUGUCAGGUCAUGAAAGCGAGUUGUUCCGGGAACACCAACAAAUGUGCGGGUUUAAAAAAUUACUUCUGUGAUAGAUUUUAAUUUGAAAGAAAUUGAAUCCUUUUAAUUUUGCAUGUAGGUCAUCUGCCCUUGGAAGGCUUCACUUGCCACCCGAAUGCCUUACCGUACUUUCUGCACUGGAUUUCCCUGGUAACUUUAGAGUCACUGGAGGAGGUGCAGCAAGCAGUUAUAGCAUCUCAAGGAGUCUUCUCACGUUACCGUAUCACGGCUGAAGCUACUCCAUGCAGUGAACAAGAACUAAAAUUUACACUGGUAAUUACAAGAGGUACUCAAUCAUUCCGUGUGCGAGAUGGCGUGGCCCUCAGUCGAUCAGAUAUUUCUAAACGUGAAUACAUCGGUGAAGUGACAGAAAUCUGUGGAACAAUACUAACAGUUGACAUAGUGUGGCCCACAAGUUCAGCUGACUCUUCAAGGGAAAACAUUCUUAAAGGAAGGUGGUAUCUUUACAAAUUUCCUAGUCUUGUUGGAUACAGACGCACUUCAGCAGCACUGAAAGCUCUUCAAGGCGCAACGAAAUAUGGGCAGAAUAUUCUCGAAGGAAUCGUCGGCAGUUUCUGUGUUGAUGACCUUUCAAGUCAAGAUUCAAGGAAGCAAGUAGAUAAAGGCUCUACAACGAAGAUUGGUAUGUUUUCCAGUAUCGGUUUCAUCAAAUUAUGUCUUCCUGUUUCCUUCAAGAGCAUGGCAAAAUGUGAACUUUUUCGCUUAUUGAAACCAAGAUCUAUGCAUAAUGCAAAUUGGUGCUAAUGUUAUUGAUACAACAUAGCAAAAGGCAGCGAUCUUAUCGUGAGUUGGGUCCCUCUCUAUCAUAUCUUAGUGAACUCUCAGUUUCAAAUGAAAACUGAAAAAAACUUUCAAGAAAGUAAUUCUUGCAUGCAGUUAAUAGUUGAAGAUGUCAAAAACUUUCUCUUUCUCAGGUCCAAGUGUCGUGAGAACAGAUGGAGAAACCAGCACUUUUUCAUCAGCUUGUUCCUUCUCAAAGUGGUCUGGUAACAAAAGUCAAAAUGCAGCUGUUCAGGAUGCCACUUGCACUGACGCCUCCAUAACCCUUAUACAGGGGCCUCCGGGCUCUGGAAAGACCAUCACGAGCGCAGAGAUUGUGAAACGCUGGCUUCUUAGCAGCCAUGACAAAGUUCUUCUUGUAGCUGAGACAAACGAGGGUGUCGACAACCUCUUAAAGAAGCUUUUGGAUCAUGGCUUACAAAAUGAGGAGAUUGUUCGCUUUGGAAGCUCAGGGUGGAAAGUGUCCAAGGACAUAAAUCAUUUGACCUUUGAGUUUAAAUACUCGCAAAUAAAGUCUGGAAAGAAAGACCCCAAUGGCCGAAUCGACAAAAAAAAGGCAAGGAAGAUUCUGGAAAGUUGCAAAAUUGUUUGCACUACUCUUAUUAGUGCGGGGUCGUCCUUACUUGAUGGGUUCGUGUUCAAGCGAGUUUUAGUCGAUGAGGCCUCACAGGCUACCGAACCAGCAAUCCUUGUUCCUCUUUCACAUGGCUGCGAGAAGCUUGUAUUAGUGGGUAAGUUACUGAGAAUAGAUAAGAGAAAUCCGCUGUUUUCUCAGAUAAAGUAUUAGGGACGAUGCAAACGUAGCUCCUUCUCCUAUGUAGUGCUUUAAAACCCACACCCUUAUUCAGAUAAGUUGAAUGCAAAUUCUUGGAACCGAUAUUCCUCUAUCCAAAGCUACCGAGCAAUUGAAAAUCUGAAUGCCAAAGAAUAACCACUAGUCUCUAUUGAAAUAACGAAACCAGAUUAUCACAUUAAAACCCUCUCACUGAUGGAGAAAUCGAGGAGGAUAAUUUUGUUUCUUGACGAGGGUAAAAAACAAAGGGAAAGUAAAUUGGGGGCGAUGCUAAUCUCUCUCUCUCUCUCUAUGAUUUUUUAGAAAGUAGUUACUCUCUUCCUCACAAAACCCACUUGAAGAAAUGAGUAAUGCAACUCUGGCCAGUGAUCAUCGAACGUUGGCAAACGAUACCGAAACAAAUCUAUCAUAAGAGAAUGAAGAAUGUUUUUCUCAGGGGAGGGGACGUUUGUUGGGAGAAGAGCAAUGACUUCCUUAGAGCAGCUUAGUAAAAAAUGGUUUGAUCUGCCUUUUUGCAGCAACCAAAAUCGAAAUGCAAAACGUGAUCUUUAGAUUCUUUGCAACACAUCUGUUUUAAUAGUUAAAGUGUUGUAAGCUCAAUCUGUUUUAUUCCGCAUCUUUAAGGAGAUGAUCAGCAGCUUCCUCCUAUGGUGCUAAGCGAGUUUGCUAAAGGUCCAGCCCUGCUGACAUGUUCCAUGUUCUCACGGCUUCGCCAAGUGGGAGUUCCUGUACGCAUGCUCAGUAUUCAAUACAGAAUGCACCCAUCCAUAGCGCGGUUUCCAUCAUGUCAAUUUUAUGAUAAUAAGCUUGAGGAUGGUGUGACUGAGUCGGAGAGGAAAGCCCCUGUUGGAUUCAUAUGGCCAAACGAGAAGAUGCCUGUAGCUCUCCUUAGCACGCCACAUUCAGCAAUGGAAAAGAGCAAGGGGUCGUCCAAGUCGAACGAUUUUGAGGCCGGACUAGUGUGUGAAUUGGUCAGUGAUCUUCUCGAGGCAGGAGACGUGACUAGUGACGGGAUAGGUGUAAUUACACCCUACCAAGCGCAGCUUAAGUUGAUCUUGGAUAAGAUGAAACAAAAAAAUCUUGGAAAUGUCUCGGUCAGAACAGUGGAUGGAUUCCAGGGACAAGAACGUGACGUUAUCGUGUUCUCCGCCGUACGUUGCAACGAGCACGGGUUCAUCGGUUUUUUGAAUGACGAUAAACGAAUGAACGUGCUUUUGACUCGAGCCCGUAGAGGAAUGAUAGUGAUUGGAAACAAGAAGACCCUUGAACAUUGUGAAUUAUGGAAAGCGUGGAUCAACUGGGUUGACGAGAAUAAACUAGCUCGUGACUGUCCCCAAGAAAACGUGACAGGUGAAUUCUCAGUAAUACUCAAUCUUACGUCAUUUAACUUUUAAUGUAACACAGUGGUAUAAAAUACAAAUCGAAAAAGAGGGGAAAAAAAAAGAUGAAAUACCUGAAGAGAGUGAGAGAGAGUGAGAGUUCAUCAUUAUCAAGCACACUUUCAAGUUCUCACCAGAAGUUAUAGAUGCGAAUUUUCUUGUUCAUGAUUUAGAGUCACCAAGUCCUACCAACAGUUCAUCAGUGAGAAGAGGAAGAGGAGGCCGCGGUGCUUCACGGCGAGGGCUGGGGAGAGGGAGACGGAGCGGAGCCAAAGAAACAUCUAGUGCCAGUUCUCGCUCAGAAAAAUCUUAA